AUGAAGUACCCAACUGUUAUCGUGUAUUUAGCUAGUCUGUUGGCGGUUGGUGAGCCACACGGGUAUAUGAUCGAGCCUCCCCAGCGUUCCUCCAUGUGGAGGGUGUACCCGGAAUUUCCUCCCAACUACAACGACAUGGAACUAUUCUGUGGAGGAAGAACAAGACAGUGGACAGUAAAUGACGGGAAAUGUGGUGUGUGUGGUGAUCCGUAUGAUGGAGUCCGCAAGAACGAGGCUGGUGGAGAAUAUGCAACCGGUGUGAUUGGUCGAAAUUACACACGUGGACAAAUUAUUACGGUAGGCAUUGAAAUAACAGCAAGUCAUGACGGAAACUUUCAGUUCAAAAUCUGUCCCCACAACAAUCUUACUGAACCCGUUUCCCAGGCUUGUCUUGAUCAGAACAAACUGAAAUUAGCAGGAACAAAUGAAUAUAAAUAUCAACUGGAGAACCCCGGGCGCCACUCAAUAAAACUCCAACUUCCACCAAAUAUGACAUGCUCACAGUGCAUUCUGCAGUGGCACUACACCACAGGAAACUCAUGGGGUUGUACACCAGAUGGGACCUGUUGUAAUGGCUGCAACUCUGUUGAUCAAGAAACGUACAUGAACUGUGCCGAUGUUGCGAUAUUUGACGAUGACAGUACAAUACUCUCAGCUUCAGCGUCUACUAUUGCAAAACCAACCACUACUGCUCCAGCAACACAAAAAACGUCAAACGUGAAACCCGUUUUGACGAAAUGCCCUUCUAAUGCUACUUUGAUGUGUCAUGGAAUCCCUAGAGACGACCUGUCCCAGCAGAAAUCUUGUAACCAACACUGUCGACUAGGUACUGCCUCUUGCACACCAGAGUGCACAUGCGUAUGUCUAAACAUAUCCUGCAAAGCGACUGGUCCUUACAAGGAUUCGAAAAGUAUGGAUGUCUGGUGUCAAAGGAUGUGCACUUUGGAUUCCAGUCUCUGCCCCGUUGAUGCUGAAAUGUGCAAUUGUAGUAUUGUUAAAGUCAGUCAUUAA